AUGGCAGGCAGCUUCUUCGGCGAAGUUCGCAAACAGGGCGAGACGCUGCAGGCUGAGCAGAAAGCCCAGCGGGAGCGGCUCGCGACGAAAAAGCGGCGAAUUGGCGAGGAUGAAGCCGCACCUGGUUGCGGAGAUAGUGCUGUCGCCUCGGGUCAUGCUUCUGGAGAUGUUGCUCAGGCCAGGCCUGAUGCGGGCACUGAGGACCCGCCAAAGCAAGCUGGCCCUGCCGUUGAUGAAUCGGCCACGGAGAAGCUCAAGAGCGCAGCUAAGGCGUCGGUGACUGCGGCGUCAACGCUCUCGCCUGGGAAGGAGAUCGCCAGGGGUGCUCAGAAGGAGGCGUCGUCGGGGUGA